AUAAUAAAAUACAAAUUUUAGAAUGUGAAUGUGGCUAACGUUUAUUAGAUGACUCUAUCUGCAGAUGCAUGUGGUGGACCAAAUCCGUUGGUUUCUUUAGCCAACAAUUAUAGAGCAGCCGGAAGGGCUGAUAAGAGAUAUGGCAACAAUCCCAGUUGCAGUUCACAUAACAUCUCAGAUCUACUGAAACAAGUGGAAAAUGUUCAACUUGACUCUAGUUCAGCAGUUCAAGCAAACCAAUCUGAUUUUAGUCAGUUUCAACAUGUACAUGUGCCGCUUAUUCAAAGUGCCUCCAAACAGCCCCUACUUAAGACGAAAUCUCUGAACCAAUACUUUUCAGAAUUUAGUGGUACUCAACGGGAAGCAUCCUCAAUUGUACCUCCUUCACAAUAUUUCUGGAGACCUCACCAGCGAUUCUCGCAAGAGAGACAAGAACCAGACCAUAGACAAUUUCAGAACAGAAACUUUGCGGAAUGGAUCCGAAGAUUCCACCCCGAGGUACUCCUUAAAGUCAGAGCGUCGGAAGUUGUUGAUGUUGAACUCUCCCACGAGCUAGCAGAGGAAUGGUUAAAAGAUUUCCACCUUAACGAUGUGAUAAAAGUUGAGAAUCUUUCUGAGGCAGAAAACAUCGUAGAACAGUGGAUACGAGAGUUCAGGUUAGGAAGAGAAGUCAGCAACGAGUUAACUGCACAAGACAGAGUAGAUAUGGAGAAAGUAGAUACAGAAUAUGAGUACGUGACUCAGACUCAGGACUCCACCAGUAAUAUCGAUAUGGGCAUUGACAUGAUCAAACGAGGUGAUCUACUGUCUGCUAUCUCUAUAUUCGAGACGUUAGUGCAGCUAGAUAAGCAGUGUGGUGAAGCGUGGUAUUACCUGGGACUGUGUCACCAACAGAGCGAGAACGAACCCCAGGCUAUCAGUGCUUUCAACAAAGUAGAAGAGGACGACAUGUGUUACCCCUCCACACUGUUAGGAUUAGCUGCUAGCUACCUGAACGAAUACAAGUACCCUACGUCAACUGACUGCCUUGCAAAGUGGCUUCAAGUUUCUCACCCUGGAGCUCUCACAAAAGGAGAUGUACCAGUAAACGCGGUAACGUUACGCAACACUUACAGCUCUCUGCCUCGAACCCCAAACACCGACAUAGAGGUGCACACAGCGCUUGGAAUCAUCGCGUGCUUGUUGGACGAGCCCCACGUGGGAGCAGAGCACUUCGGGGACGCAGUCAGGAAGUCGCCGCAGGACUUCAUGUUGUGGAACAGAUUAGGUGCUACACUGGCUAACUCGGAUAGGAGCAGUGAGAGCGUGGAGGCGUACAGACGCGCUCUCAGUCUCUCUCCUGGAUACAUCCGCGCGCGAUACAACUUAGGGAUAGCCUGUUUGAACCUUCACGCUUACAGGGAGGGAAUAGAGCACUUCCUAACGUGUUUAAAGCAACAAGACAGCGCAGCAGUUUGGCAGACUCUCAGACUGGCGCUGUCACUGGCUCGUCACUACGACGAACUGGUUCACAUCGACACCAGAUCUCUUCAACCUCUUCUCACUGCUUUUAAUAUCGAGUAGACACUGCUCAUGCUCGGGAGGUGUAUUUGUGGAAAUGGAAUGUAUAGUAUUAGUAUUAGAUAUUUGAGUUUGACGUUUAAGUUUUAGAAUAGUUUCCUGUGCCGGUAUUUAAUGUGUAUUGGUAAGGAGUGGGGAUAAAGUGUUUUUCUAUAAUGGUGUAACUAUUUUUAUAUAUUGUAGAACUUCGUGAAGUGACGUUUCUUCUUUGGAUAUAUAUUUUGUCCGUUUUCAGAUAUUUAACCUAUAAAAUUUUAAACUUAGUUUGAGAUAAUUUGUUUGAUAAAUGUUUUUUGAAUAUUUUGAUUUUUAGAAUAUAAAUUUGAAUAUCCAAAAUCAGUAACCUGACAGCAUGAUAUUGGUAAAUAUUCAUCUGGUUA